AUGGCUUUUGUUUCAAUUUUUCUCUAUCAGCCUCAGCAAUGCGUGGCUGUGUUAGUUCUGAAGAAAGCUUUUGAGGCGUUCGACCAUGAGAAAAAGGGAUGCAUCGGUACUGUAAUGGUGGGCACCAUACUGGGAAUGCUGGGACACCAGGUCACCGACGAAACUUUAAAGGAAAUCAUCGAUGAGGUUGACGUUGAUGGUUCUGGCGAAUUGGAAUUCGAGGAGUUCGUAACGCUGGCUUCGAGGUUCAUGGUUGAAGAGGAUGCAGAGGCGAUGCAGCAAGAACUGAAAGAAGCAUUCCGUUUAUACGAUAAAGAAGGUAAUGGUUACAUCACCACAGGUGUGUUACGAGAGAUCCUCAGAGAACUAGACGACAAGAUCAGUGCCGAGGAACUGGACAUGAUGAUCGAGGAGAUUGACUCUGACGGCUCUGGCACCGUUGACUUUGAUGCCAACGUCGCAUCGCUCGCACACUCUGUGUCGAACCUGGAACUACGGUACGAGAUGCCAUCAGACGAUUUCGGGAGACAGGCUUAUACACCCGCAAGUCAGGUCAAGGCCGAUAUCGAUGCACUUUGA